AGUCAGAACAGACCCUUUCCGUUGUUCCUCAAGAUGCCGUUCCUGAAGAGUUUGGUGACUUCGCUGGUGCUCGCUGCAAGCACUUUCAGUGCGCAGGUUGCGGCGAAGACUUCGUCCCACCAUGACGGCAAGAUUGCUCCCAAGGUGUUCAUUGUCUCGAUGUUCGAGCCGGAAGCUCAGGCAUGGUGGAACAUCCCGGAAUUCGACCUGUUGUCUCACAACAUCACCAUCCCUGGUCUUUCCCCUCUGUACCCAGAUGUCCACUGCACCAAAGACUAUGAGGUCUGCCAGUUGAUCACCGGCGAGUCCGAGAUCAAUGCCGCGACUACUGUCACCGCAGUGGCUUUCUCGCCUGUCUUCGACUUGACCAAGACCUACUUCUUCGUUGCCGGAAUUGCUGGCAUUAACCCCAAGCGAGCCACCACCGGCUCUGCAACCUUUGCUCGGUACGCAGUCCAGGUGGCUCUGCAGUAUGAGAUUGACAUUCGAGAGCUCUCCGAUGCCUACAACACUGGUUAUAUCCCCCUGGGCGCCGACUUCCCCAACCAGUACCCCACCAGCAUCUACGGCACCGAGGUCUUCGAGGUCAACGCUGAUCUCCGCACCAUCGCUGCCAACUUUGCUCGCCGUGCCAACCUCUCCGACUCGACCACUGCCAAGGCCUACCGUGCUCACUAUGCCAACGCGAGCGCCGAGUACAAGGCUGCCACCCUAGCUCCCAGCGUUGUCGAGUGCGAUGCCGCAACCUCAGACGUCUACUACAGCGGUAACAUCCUCGGAACCGCAUUCGAGAACACCACCAAGCUAUUCACCAACGGAACCGGCGACUACUGCUCCACCGCACAGGAGGACAACGCCACCCUCGAAGUCCUCCUCCGUUCCUCCGUCCACAAGCUGACCGACUUCGCCCGUAUAAUCGUCAUGCGCACUGCAUCCGACUUCGACCGUCCUUACCCCGGCGUCUCUGCGGCCUACAACCUGCUCUACUCUAAUCAGGGUGGUUUCGAGAUCGCCUUGGAGAACAUCUACCACGCCGGUAUUGAGGUUGUGCAGGGUAUUCUCCGUGGUUGGGAUAAGACUUUCGCCAAGGGAGUUAAGCCUACCAACUACAUUGGCGAUAUAUUCGGUACUUUGGGUGGUCAGCCUGACUUUGGUCCCGGAAAGGCUCAGGCGCUGGAGGAGAGCGGUGCUUAUAAGAAGCGUAGCUUGGAGAGCCGUCUUCGACGUCGUCGCUAAGCGACUGUAUUGCUUGGUGGAUUGUUGAUCACUCCGUUGAUGGAUAUUCGAUGUACACUAGGGAUUCGGGUGCCCAUGCCCGCAGUAUAUACUUUGUAUCAAAUAAAG